AUGGCUGCCUUGGCCGACGACGCCUCGUUUCCCUGCUCCAUCUCCCUGCAGGUCCCCUUUCCCACCGACCGCCUCGCCUCGACGGCCCUGCGCGCCAUCGAGGUCGACCCGGAGCUGUCGCCGCUCGUGCGCCGGCACCUCGCGCUCGCGCCCGCUGACCCGCGCGUGCUGCGCGUCGACUACCGCGCCGCGACGAACCGCAUGCUGCGCGUGGCGGUCAACUCCUUCAUGGACAGCCUGGGCCUGGUCGUCGAGGUCAUGGAGCAGCUGGACGAGGAUGUCUUGGCGAAUCCGCCGGCGGAAGCGGAAGCGCAGUGA